ACUGCCGAAAUCACGAAUAAAGAGAUUUUUGAUUUCUUACAAAGCGCAGCUGAUAAAUAUGGAAUUGAGUUUUGGAAACCCGGCAGCGGAAUUAUUCAUCAAAUUGUUUUAGAAAAUUAUGCUACGCCCGGGAUUCUUAUGCUUGGAACUGAUAGUCACACACCGAAUGCUGGCGGAUUGGGUACGAUAGCAAUUGGAGUUGGCGGUGCGGAUGCUGUGGAUGCUAUGGCGGAUAUACCCUGGGAGCUUAAAGCUCCCAAAAUUCUUGGUGUGAGGUUAACAGGACAUCUGAACGAAUGGGCAAGUCCAAAAGAUGUCAUAUUGCAUCUAGCUGGAAAGUUGACUGUUCGGGUCGGCUAUCAUCAAGGAGGAACAAACCAUAUCAUCGAAUAUUUUGGUACAGGAAUCGAAACACUGUCAUGCACCGGGAUGGCCACGAUAUGUAACAUGGGAGCAGAGGUCGGGGCUACUACGUCCGUGUUCCCGUUUACACACAGCAUGUACUCUUACUUAACGGCAACUAGACGUCACCCUGUCGCCAAACAAGCAUUGUCGAAUGCAUCAUUUCUAAAGGCCGAUGCCGAUGCCGAGUACGAUAAAGUUAUAGAGAUCGAUUUAUCGGAACUUGAACCUCAUAUCAAUGGACCCUUCACACCGGACUUGUCAACGCCAUUGAGUAAAUUCUCGGAUUUUGUCGAAAAGAAUGGAUGGAAAGAUGAGAUUAAGGCGGGAUUAAUAGGAAGUUGCACUAAUAGUAGUUAUCAGGACAUGAGUCGUGUGGUUAGCUUGGCGUCUCAGGCGCUCGAGAAGGGUAUACAACCGAAGGCCGAUUUUUUCAUCACACCAGGUAGCGAGCAAAUUCGGGCGACCAUGGAGAGAGAUGAACAGAUCACUAUCUUGGAAAAAGUUGGUGGUCGCAUGUUGGCCAACGCCUGUGGGCCCUGUAUAGGACAGUGGCAUAGGACUGACAUUAAAGAAGGCGAACCUAACGCGAUACUGACAUCUUACAAUCGGAAUUUCACGAAUCGAAACGACGGAAAUCCAUCUACAAUGAAUUUUUUGGCUUCCCCAGAGAUUGUCACCGCGAUGACCUUUGCAGGUAGACUGUCAUUCAACCCAAUCACAGAUACUUUGACAGAUAAGAAUGGCGAACCAUUCCGAUUUUCUAGUCCCCAUGGAGAUGAGUUGCCACUUAAAGGAUUUACCAAGGGUGAACGAUCAUACGAGCCACCUUCACCGCCGAUAGCCAACCCGACGGCCAAGAUUGAAAUUUCACCGAACUCCAGUCGACUUCAGCUGCUUGAGCCAUUCCCGAUAUUUUCCGGCAGAGAAUUUCAUGAUCUGCGUGUGUUGGUAAAAGUGAAAGGCAAGUGCACAACAGAUCACAUAUCAGCCGCGGGGCUUUGGUUGAAAUAUAAAGGACAUUUGGAGAAUAUUUCGAAUAAUACUUUGAUUGGCGCUUUGAAUGCUGAUAAUGAAAAGGUCAACGUUGUUAGAAAUGUAUUGACCGGCAAGGAUGGUACAAUACCGGAAGUCGCGCGUCACUACAAGGAGAAUAAUGUUUCAUGGGUCGUGGUAGCCGAUCAUAACUACGGCGAAGGAUCUGCCCGAGAACACGCGGCAUUACAAGUACGGUAUCUCGGGUGCCCAAUGAUAAUUUCCAAAUCAUUUGCGAGAAUACAUGAGACUAAUUUGAAGAAACAAGGAGUCCUACCAUUGGUAUUUGUGAAUGAGGAUGAUUACAAUUUGCUAUCAGGUGGAGAUUUUAUAUCAACCAUUGGAGUUGUUGGAUUGGCGCCUGGUAAGAACGUAGAGAUCAGGGUUAGAAAAGAAUCCAAGAAUGGUGAUAAGGUCGAGGAAUUUGACAUACUGACCAAGCACACAAUGUCAGAGGAUCAGAUUGAAUGGUUUUACAUGGGAAGUGCGCUCAAUCACAUUGCUGCUAGUCAAAAACAUAGAUAA